CACAGACAAACAGAGAGAAAAAACGGGUAUCGUCUCGGUCAUCUCUCUCUGUUCAAGUCUCUACGCCAACAUCACCAUUAGUUGUUGCUUUUUUGGCGUUUCUGCACCCCCACAUCACGUCUCUCUCUCUCUCUCUCAGUAGUGAGGGCUCGCAGUUCAUCGAGGAACAGCUUUCUCUCUGUAAGCCCUAAGGUUCUGUGAGAACCCUAUCAGAUUAUAGUAUCAGGUGAUCGGGGCACUUGUUUGGAAACAACCCUUAACAGCGAUCAGAUCUACGGAUAUCUACGCAGUUCGUGUACAGUGAUGCAGCUUUAGCUCGCCGGGGGAAAUGGCGAGUUCAGACUCAACAAAACGUCCCCGCCCGGGGCCGUGGCCGCCGGCGGGAGAGCAGCCGGCAAUGCAGUCAUCGUGGGCGAAAAGGACUGGGUUCAGAACAAGRUUCUCCGGGGAGACGAAUGCCAGUGAUUCUGGCCAGAUUGUGGCAGCACCGAAGCCGAAGGAGUCUGAGUUUCCGGUGGAUCUCGAAGCAGGUCGAGGUCGGCCAGCUCCCGCUGGAAAUGGUGAGCCCGAGAGUGAAAAAAUGCGGCCUUCGUCUGAUAGAGAUCAGUCGGUUAGGAAGAGGAGGGAUUCAGAAGGAGCAGGGAAGAGUGCUGGACCGGGUCCCAAUGGGCAGGUCCGGUCGGACCCUGCGCCGCAACCUCCUCCGAAGCCUAGUCGGGAAGAAGAGGUUGUCGAUGUUUUGCCUCAAGUUGUCAAUGACGAAGCAUUUGUAGCUCGUCAUUCUCAUAUGAAGUAUGAGCUCAGAGAUACCCCUGGCCUUGUUCCAAUUAGUCUAUAUGGGUUGCAGCAUUACAUUUCCAUUUUAGGCUCCUUGAUUCUCAUUCCACUGGUCAUAAUCCCAGCAAUGGGUGGCAGUCAUGAGGAUACUUCAAUGGUAGUGUCCACCGUGAUGUUUGUAUCGGGAGUGACGACUCUGUUGCACACAUUCUUCGGUUCAAGGUUGCCGUUGAUACAGGGUCCAUCAUUUGUAUAUCUUGCUCCAGCUCUGGUGAUAAUUAACUCUCCUGAGUUCCAAGGGCUGAAUGGAAACAAUUUCAAGCAUAUAAUGAAGCACUUACAGGGUGCUAUAAUUAUAUCUUCUGCAUUUCAAGCAUUUCUGGGGUAUAGUGGACUCAUGUCAGUCUUGCUGAGGUUCAUCAAUCCAGUGGUUGUAUCCCCAACUAUAGCUGCAGUUGGGCUUUCCUUCUAUAGUUAUGGUUUCCCACAAGUGGGUACCUGUCUAGAAAUCGGUAUUGUGCAGAUAUUACUGGUUGUUAUUUUUUCACUUUAUCUCCGUAAAAUAUCAGUCUUUGGUCAUCGCAUAUUUCUAAUUUAUGCAGUUCCAUUGGGUUUAGCAAUCACAUGGGCUGCUGCUUUCCUUCUUACAGAAACUGGAGCCUAUAACUACAAAGGUUGUGAUAUGAAUAUACCUGCAUCAAAUAUUGUAUCUGAAGCCUGCAGAAAGCAUGUUUCCAGGAUGAAACACUGCAGAGUUGAUACUUCUCAUGCAUUAAAGUCUUCCCCGUGGUUUAGAUUUCCAUAUCCAUUACAAUGGGGUACACCUGUGUUUGACUGGAAAAUGGUUCUUGUAAUGUGUGCGGUUUCUAUAAUUGCAUCAGUUGAUUCGGUUGGCUCAUACCAUGCAUCAUCAUUACUGGUGGCAUCUAGACCUCCAACCCCAGGUGUUCUUAGUCGAGGGAUUGGUUUUGAAGGACUUUCUAGUGUCUUGGCUGGUCUCUGGGGUACAGGAACUGGAUGUACAACCCUUACUGAAAAUGUGCAUACUAUUGCUGUGACCAAAAUGGGAAGCCGAAGAGCAGUUGAAUUAGGUGCAUGUAUUUUGAUACUCUUGUCUCUUGUGGGUAAAGUUGGGGGCUUUAUUGCUUCAAUUCCUGAUGUUAUAGUUGCUGCUCUACUCUGCUUCAUGUGGGCAAUGCUAGCGGCAUUGGGCUUGUCAAACUUGCGUUACAGUGAGGCAGGAAGUUCUAGAAAUAUUAUUAUAGUCGGGCUCUCUCUCUUCUUCUCCUUAUCUGUGCCUGCCUACUUCCAGCAAUAUGGUGUCAGUCCUAAUGCUAAUUCUUCUGUUCCAAGUUAUUUCCAACCAUAUAUUGUGGCAUCUCAUGGACCUAUCCGAGGCAAAUAUGGCGGGGUAAACUAUGUUUUGAACACAUUACUGUCAUUUCAUAUGAUCGUAGCAUUCCUCAUAGCUGUGGUUCUGGACAACACUGUACCUGGCAGCCGGCAAGAGCGUGGGGUCUAUGUCUGGUGCGAAACUGAGACUGCAAGGAGAGAACCUGCAGUUGCAAAGGACUAUGAGCUGCCUUUCAGAGUUGGGCGUGUUUUUAGAUGGGUAAAAUGGGUUGGACUUUGAGAGUUGGAAGUUUCAUUAGGUGUGUCUAAGCCACUGUCACUCUCCUACAUUCAUGAUAAGCCAAUCCCAGAAAAGAUACCCAUUUAAUCCAUUGUAAUUCAGGAAAAGAAUAUAGAGAAAUGAUGUAUCUUGGUACGAGUAAUACAUAGGGAAAUGGCUGCCCAAAAAGUUGGAUUUUCGGUACAUGAUGGGUCCUGCUGUGGGAGCAGUGAUCCUAUAGAAAACGAGUCUGUAAAAUUUGGGGUUGGGAGGGAUACUCCAGUGUUGUAAUUCUAAUUAUAAACAGUGUAUCUAUUUGAGUCACUGAAAAUGCCAGCGAGAUGAAUUUUUUUGUC